AUGGCAAAUACAACGGAAGACCUCAAUCGCUGGGCCCUAGUAUCCUCUCUCUACGGCCCCGGCACCUUCUGGAGCUGGCUCAUCAUCGUAGCCUCCGUCUUCAUAAGCUGGACUAUCAACCCAGUCACGAAACGCUUGGAUUCAAUCACAAACGACACAAUCGCAGCGCUUACACUGCCUGUAGUCGCAGCUGCAGAUGCACUCUAUCAACUAGUCAAAUAUGACCGGCCUGAUCGUCCGCGGUUGUUGUUGAGCGAUUCACCAGAAGAUAUCCAACUCGCCGCUGCGCUUGAGGCUCCGCUCGCUAUGUGCGAAUUCUACCUGGUUAUCUUCUUUACAUAUCCUGAUCUUCCGGUGUCAAGGAGCACUUUUGCUCGACCGUUUCUGUUCAAUUUUGUUCUAGAAUUGGGAUUCAUAUCGGGGAUCAUGGCUAUCUUAACUGGUGUCUCAACUAUUCGAACGAUUGUUGUCACCAUGUAUCGCAGAGCGAAGCCUUCUAGCACCGAAGACCAAGAGAGACCCAAAGAAAGGCGCAGCGGGUUUGAGAAGUGGUCGAAUAUCUUUGCUUCAGUUCUCAUCGCAGGUAUCAUCUCCGUCGUCAAGUAUGGGUUUGCUGGCAACACAAUGGCCUUUGCUGCGGGCGUGCUCGGAUACCAGACUCGUAUGAUAAGAUUUAUGCCCAAGAGUAACGUCUCUCUUACGGAUUUGGAUCAGGUUGUUGCGUUGGCUGGUGGAGCGUUUACAUUUUUGUUUAGUAUAUAUGAUGCUGUGAAGGGUUGGCGAUUGCAAUCUCGCGCUGACAUUGGAAACCAUAGCUAG